AUGCAGGAAUAUAGUGGCCCCGAUGAGGAUCUUGUGGCCCUCUUGAAGCGGGAUAUUUUGGACACAAGUCCUGGAGUCACGUGGGGAGAAAUCGCCGGUCUCCAUGAAGCCAAGCGGGUGCUGGAAGAGGCGACAGUGCUGCCACUCAUCAUGCCCGACUUCUUCAGAGGGAUCAGGCGUCCCGUCAGGGGCGUGCUGAUGUUUGGGCCCCCGGGGACUGGAAAGACCCUCCUCGCCAAGGCCGUCGCCACGGAGGCCCACACCUCCUUCUUCCACGUUUCCUCCGCCACCCUGGCCUCCAAGUACCGCGGGGAGUCCGAGCGCAUGGUGCGCUGCCUCUUCGAUAUGGCGCGCGCCUACGCUCCCAGCAUCAUCUUCAUCGACGAGAUCGACGCGCUGUGCACCACCAGGGGCGCCACGGGGGAGCACGAGGCCAGCCGGCGGGUCAAGUCGGAGCUGCUCAUGCAGAUCGACGGCUGCUUUGGUCACGAUGUGGAGCCCGGGCAGCACGUGAUGGUCCUUGCGGCGACGAACUUUCCUUGGGACAUCGACGAGGCGCUGCGGCGUCGGCUGGAGAAGCGCAUUUACAUCCCGCUUCCGGAACUGGAAGCUCGAAAGGAGCUCAUGCGCAUAAACUUCAAGGAAGUCGAGGUGGCUGCGGACGUCGAGUGGGAGGAGCUCGCGCGCCAAAUGGAGAGCUACAGUGGCGACGACAUCACCAACGUCUGCCGCGACGCCGCGUUCAACGGCAUGCGCAGGCGGACCGCCGGCAAGACCCUGGAGCAGAUCCGCAACAUGAGGGCCGCGGCCGUGCAGACGCCCGUGCUCAUGGACGACCUGGUGCAGGCGCUGGCCAGGAUCUCCCCCAGCGUAUCCAAAGCCGACAUCGCAAAGCACGAGGCGUGGAAGAGCGAGUUUGGGAGCGUCUGA